AACGAUUGCCGCUCAUGACGCCCAAACGACCAAAGGGCGCACAACCACCGGAGCACGUGAAGCCACUGAAAUGGACCGUUCGAACAAAAAACAGCAGCAGGUGAAUUCUCUGUUCAAUGCAGCUGAGGAUCCGGAAUGGCAUUUGACCCCUUUUCACGAGAUCGUCGGAUCUCAUCUGACGGACAGCAGCUCACAUAGAUGCGAACCCAUCAGUUUGGCCUUGUGCAAAGGAAUGGAAUAUCAGCAUACACGAAUGCCAAACAUGUUCAAUCACGAGACACAGGAGGAGGCUGGACUUGAAGCCCAUCAGUUUUAUCCGCUGGUUCAAAUCAAUUGUUCCGAAGAUCUGAGAUUCUUCCUCUGUUCCAUCUACACCCCAAUUUGCAUCGAGGGAUAUCCGAGUUUUCUUCCCCCGUGUCGUUCCAUAUGUGAACGAGUAAAAGCUGGAUGUGCCCCAGUGAUGCAACACUACAACUUUCCGUGGCCAACGCGUAUGAAUUGUGCUCAGUUUCCGGAGUACAACAACCCUGAUGGCAUUUUAUGUAUGGAAAGAAACCUUACGGGUCCUGAGGCUCACGCCACCGAACGAACAGGAAACAUCGAGCCUCCGAUGACUGUUCAUGAGAAGGCCCGCAUGGAAAAACCGGAGGUCAUCAUCCAGCUGACGAAUCCGGUGGAAGCUACUGCAUCGCCGUUGACUCAGGUUGACCGGCUGAAUGCUGAGGCCAGCCAAAUACUGCUGUCAUUCGCGCGCCACAAUAAGACAAUGAAACAAAUAUUGGACCAAAGGCCUGGUCUGCGUCUGAAAUGCUCGUGCAGAUGUAAACCUGCUGUGUACCGACAGUAUGAAAGCAUAGCUGAGAUCUCUCCCUCCUCAACAAACUCCUGGCAGUUGACGGUAUUCUGGCUCGCGUUUUGGUCCAUCUUAUGUCUAGCCUCAACGAUGACAACUAUCUUCACUUUCCUACUUGACUCCUCACGCUUCCAGUAUCCAGAGCUUCCGGUAGUCUAUCUUUCGGUGUGUUACUUUAUGGUAUCUAUUGGUUACAUCAUUCGCGUUAUGCUUGGUCACGAAUCGGUCGCCUGCGAACUUAUGUCACACAGCCCCAGUUACCAACGAAUGGAGGUGCUUCAAACAAUCAGGGGAGUGGAUUAUUCCAAAUGGGCUGGCAAUCUCGGAGAAGUGAUGGACACUUCAACCCUGUCACCAAUCACACCCAUGCCGUUCUCCCGAUUGAAGGUGCUCCGUCAUGCAUCCACUGGACGAGCUACUUGUGCCGCCGUAUUUCUCUUCACCUACUUCUUCAGUAUUGCUUCGGCUGUGUGGUGGGUUGUACUGACGUUGACCUGGCUUCUCGCCGCUGGAAUGAAGUGGGGAAGUGAAGCGAUCUCGAAAUACUCGCAGGUGUUUCACUUUAUCGCUUGGUCCAUCCCCACCGCACUUUCGUCACUUGCGUUGUUACUCAGUGCCGUCGAAGGUGAUAUUCUUAGCGGUUUGUGUGUCAUACGGACAUCGAAGCCUCUUCAAUAUGUCCUUUUCCUAUUUGCCCCAAUGGUGAUUCUGCUAGCCACCGGGAUUUUAUUCCUUGUUAUUGGAUUCAUUGCGCUGUUUCGAAUCCGUGGGAUCAUGAAGUUACAGCGAAUCGGUUCUCAGAAAACGGACCGACUUGAGCACCUGAUGACACGCAUUGGAACGUUCGCCCUGUUAUAUACCGCUCCGAAUCUAGUAGUGAUAAUCUGCAUGGGGUAUGAGUUACAAAAUGCCAGGGCCUGGGAAUUCGGGGUUGCUUGCGACUGUCAUUAUACAGACGCUUCAGUGACCCCCUCAAGGAAUGAACCACUACCAGAAUGGGAUCGUCCAUCUCCGGAUUACCAGAUUUUUAUGGUCAAGCACUUUAUGCAUCUCAUAAUUGGCGUUACUUCUGGUUUUUGGAUAUGGUCUCGAAAAACUGUGGACACUUGGCGACGCGCUUGUCGACGGACGUGCUCAAAGAAACAAAGACGACAAAACGGAACAAUGCGUUUGCUUCCCACUUCGAAUCCUAACGAGUCAGACGGAUCGACCAAGACCCAGUUUGUUCCCUGGACCCUCAGUGGAUUGAACAAUGACGGUGACAGUUCGAAAAGGCUUGUGCAAAAGCAAAUAAACCGUGAACCAUCAUUUAUCGGAAACGCCGAGUUGGCUGGUACUACAUCCAGACAAAGCCUAAAUGCUGUGACCCAGUGUCGAGACACUCCUACUCAACCCAUCAGCAGUGUUCAUUACGAGACAAACUCACUGCAUCUAACGCCCUAUGUGACGGGUAGAAUGGAGAUGAACGGGGGAUAUGCGCUAGUUGACGAAUCCCGCGAACAAAUCUUACCCUCUAGGUUGGCAGCACAAGGGAUGAAAGUGUUCAAUGGUGAUCCCUUUCUAAUUGCCCUCCCGCCAGUUCCCCCUCGGUCGGCUCUUCAUCCCAGCACAUCACAUACCAGUGGAUUUCAGACGAGUCCCAGAAAAUCGACUCAACUCUCCCCAACAAAUCUGUCUGCUUUCUCGAGCAGCGGGAUCGGGAGUGGGUAUGCCACUAACCUCGCUUUUGAUAUGCAUUCCCAAAGCCACGGGACCUCACUCCUAACGGAUUUGUCAGAGUCGGCUACAAAAUCCGGCUCAGAACUAUCGAACCCAUUCAAUGCUGAACAUGUCAGAAGACACGAAUCUAUGCCUCAUGACUGCCAUCUGGAGCUUACUAGUGCCCAUAAUCCGUUUCAGAAUCCUACCAGGGUGGCUCUUCUAACCCUCUUGUUUCACAGAACUUGUCACAACUUUACGAAGGCGGGAUGUGGUCAAAGCGAAGAAAACAGUAGCCAGUGCUCCUUGGCUGGAACUGGUUAUUACCAGGCUGUGGGUUCGGUCCUCAACAAAGCAAACAAAUCCAACCAAUCAGAUGUUGAGCGCGCUCGACCGAAUCCAGAUGGACAGCAAAACUCUACCAUUACCAGGUCUUCGAUGAACAUUGGAGAUCAGGGAAUGUCGUACAAUCAACUAAAAUCUGCUGGACGUUUGUGUAUCCAGAAAAUUUG